GCUUUUCAUUCGAAAGAAAGGUUACUGCUAUAGACAUGGAAGCUGUAAUAUCACUAUGUUUCGUAUUUUCCAUGUUUAUUAACAAAUCUUAUGGGCAGACAUCUCUGCUUCAAAACAAUACCUCAGAUAAAAAUGGUCUGUUACUUAGUACUGUAACAGGAAAAGUACCAAAUAUGUUACGAGACAUACUGAAACGGGAAUCACUGGAACGCUUAUCUAUGGUGCAGAGGAUACACCAUUUGGAAAGGAAGGAACAGGGAAUUGAAGCAGAGAAUGAAAUAAUUAAAAAAGAAUUGAGUAGGAUGAAUGAGACUUUACAACAGGAAUUCAGAGCAAAAAAUGAUGUCUAUCUUCUGGCUAAAACACUGGAAACUGCUCUUGGGGUUCUGAAUAAAUCAAGUUUACAAUGGACAGAAAUUUCUAAGGUGCCUGACAUAACAGGCAACUACAGCGAUUGCUUGGAUAUUUUACGGAAAUUUCCGAGUCUACAAGGAAUUGAUGGGGUUUUUGAAAUAACAAUAGCCUCCAAGCCAAAGUUUGUGUACUGUGACAUGACAACGGAAGGGGGAGGAUGGACGGCUAUUCAACGAAGACAGGACGGGUCUACAGAUUUUUACAGGACGUGGUCAGAAUAUAAGCAAGGAUUUGGGGAUCCCUCUAAAAACUACUGGAUCGGAAAUGAUGCAAUGUAUGAGUUGACAAAGAACAAGGACCAGGAACUCCGGGUUGAACUACAAAGAUUUAAUGGUGACAAAGCAUACGCUCAGUACUCCACAUUUUAUGUCGGGGAUGAAGACAGUAAAUACAAACUCACCUUGUCGGGGUAUUCAGGAACAGCAGGAGACAGUUUGACUAGUCACAGUGGUAGUAAAUUCAGCACUAAAGAUCAAGACAACGAUAGGUAUAGUCAAAGCUGUGCUACAAAUUGGCAUGGAGCCUGGUGGUAUCAUUCAGGUUGUCAUCACUCACACCUUAACGGAGUGUACGCCCAGUCUGCAUUGUCUGAUUGGAAAUACCCGGUGUGGAGCCACUGGAAAAGUACUGAAGCGCUGCAAAAGACUGCCAUGUUCAUAAGACGCAGUUAAAUGAAGUUGAUGUAUGUUCAAUCCUGACUUGUAAUAUUUUACUCAUGUCAAACAAAAAGCAUACACAACAUUGUGUCAUUUAUUUAUAUCAAUAUAAAAUUAUAUUCUUUAGAUUUUAAUGGACAGUUU